AUGCUCUUUUUGGCUGCUUUGUUUCCUGUCUUGAAGGAGAUCCGCAAGAACCUGCGAUUCGGCUUGAGCGACCGUGUGCUGUGCAACUGCGGCCCACUUUGGCUCUCGGGGGGAAUUGUUGGGAGUGCCGUCGAGUCAGAGGGCGAGCUUUUCCCCUAUGUGGUCAAGACAGAUCCGUUGCCAGGGCUUCCUUCCAGGACGAUCUCGGUUCCAGGUGACAACGAGCAUGUCUGCAUCCAGGAGGUCUGCUUCAACCCCGUGUCAGAGUUGCACCUCAUCAAAAGUGCAGCGGCCACUCGCGUGACGAGUUCCAGGCCCAACCUCCGCUUUGCCGAGGGCGACAAGGUGGCCGUCCGCAUAAAGAACUCCACACAGGAUGGGCUCGAGCAGUGGAUGUCUGGGAUCGUCUCUACUGUGUGGCCCAGAUUGCCCGGGGAGAGACAAUGGAGUUUUGCGGGCAUGUCCGGCGAAUUCCCCCAGGAAGUGCCCUACAAGGUGGACCUUUCUCCGGGCCCGCCCAACUUCGUCUUCGUGCAUUGGGACAACCACACCCUUAUCCGCCGCGAUGGCCUGCAGCCACAGGACAGGGUCAAGGGCAUCAGCAAGCGCCUGGAGAUACGCACAUGCGAGGACGGCAGCGUGGAGCAGUUCGAUCACCUUACAGAGCGUCAUAAGCCAGUGCCCAGGAGGCCCAUGGUCGAUCCAAAGGACAUGGAAGUCUCCGAUUCCGAUUCGGAUUGA